AUGUCUCCUGAAGAAGGGCUUAGCAAAGACCAAAACGUUGCUGCAGGUCAGCGGGAGGAGCAAAAAAUGAUUGAAAAAGAUAAUGAGCAGCCUGCUGAAAAAAAGCUGUCAUUUCUCACCAUCGAGCAGAUGCGAACAAUCCCAGAACUUGAUAUCCUCUUCCAAAGAUUUGAGCUUGGCAGAGUGCUUGGAGAAGGAGGCUUUGGACAAGUAAGAAUGGCCAAGAGAAAAGUUAACAAUGAAGCUGUGGCAAUAAAAAUUGAUGCAGUGCACUGCAGGCGCCAGUGGGUUGAAGUGCCUGGCAAACAGAAGAAGGUUCCUCUGGAAGUUGGUUUGAUGCUCCGAGUGUGCGCUAAGCCCAGUUGUCCCAGCAUCAUCCAGAUGUAUGAGUACAUUAUUCGGCCCUCAUACACCUUCAUUGUAAUGGAGCUUCUAGAGUCCUCCUUCAGUCUAACAGACUACAUGAAAAGACAAGGGAGGCCCUUGGAGGAGGAGCAGGGCAAAUCGGUCUUUCAACAGAUCGUGGAGGCAGUCAUGCACUGCCACUCGCGAGGUGUCUUCCACAGUGACAUUAAGCCCAGGAACAUCCUUUUUCAGAGCACAACUGGCCAGGUAAAACUCAUUGACUUUGGCUGUGGUGGCUUCCUCCUAGAAGAGAAGUAUGCACGUCGCCCAGGGACACUGGCCUACUGUCCACCCGAGUAUUUCCUGUACAAAAAGUACAAACCUGAAUCUGCCAAUGUGUGGUCACUUGGAAUUACAUUGUUCGAGCUGUUGUCUGGGUUUCGACCCUUCCAGAGUAGUAUGGAGAUCAUGACUUGCAGCAUUCAUAUCCCGGACCAUUUGUCACAGGAAUGCAAGGAACUAAUUAAGAAGUGCCUAUGUUUGCGUCCCAGAGAUCGUCCCACCCUGAAAGACAUCUUAAGGCACUCCUGGCUGCAGUGA